AUGUCGAACGUCAGUGUUGCCGGGAGACGUUUUUGGAAAAGAGCGAGCCAUGAUUUCCUUAGACCUCAUGAACUCAAAAGAAUUAAGACCAAUAGACUUCCGUUUUUCAAGAGGAACGACUUUGUACUAUCCGAGGAUGAAUACAAGGACUUUGAACAGUGGAGAUAUUUCCCAGGCGAUCGUGUGAUGAUCACUACUGGGGAGAAAAAAGGGACGGUGACCAAAGUGGUAUCGUACAUCAACUCCUCGAACUCGUUGAUCUUAGAAGACGGUCCUACUUAUCGGACGAUAUUGCCAAAGCAGUUUUGGCAACCGGGUACCACGAGUUACGUCAAUGAGAUUCCUGAAGGGGUGAAACCUCAGGACUUGAAGCUUGUGGCCAAAGUCCACGACGAAGCCACCGGUAAGGACAAGGACGUGAUUGUUCACAAAUUUGAGUUUUUGGGUAAACAUUUCAACAAGGAAUGGCAAACCUGGUUACCUACCAGAGUGGUAAAGGAUAAAGGGGAAGUGUUGUAUUUGCCAUGGCCAGCUCCAGAAUCUCCAUUGGAAAGAACCGGGGCCUCGGGAGAAGAUGCAAACUCUGAAAGAUCGUAUUACGUUGAUUCGGUUGUCCAUAACCAAAUUCCAAAGGAUGCCUUGAAGGAUAUCAGAAACCCUUACAGCAAGUACAAGAGAGGUACUUUUGAACAAAGACACUUGAACAAGUUCACUGCUCCAGACAUGCCAUUGUCAGAAACUAAGAAGGCAUACUUGAGCGAGCUUGAGGCCAAGAAAGCUUUGGGUCAUAAGAAAUUGACUCCUGAAGUCAAGGACUUUAUUGGUGGUAGAGUGAAGAAGUUUGUUGAAUCGCAGAAAAAGGACUUGAAUAUUCAAUAG